AUGACCAGUCCAAGACACCCAGCGCACAGUCCGCGCUUUAAUGCAAAAUUUGAACAACAUCACUAUAGUUGGGAUGAAACCGGGGCAGGAUUUUGUGCGAAAACAACAGUAAAUAAUGUAGCUACGCGGACAUCAUCAUCCCCGCUGCCUUUUAAAAAUCCCAAACAGCUUAGAAAUCUUCCAAUGCCGAUCGGUGUCAAUGCCUACGAUUCGGGCAUAAAACCAUCAACUCUUCCCGCAGAGAGGAGUCCUUCGAUACGAAGUAACUACAGUUGCCAUAGCAACUAUUCGGAUGCGCCGACGACAUCGUCAGCUCCAAAUACUCGAUCAAGCAGUCGGGAUAAUCCGCCUCGUAGCCCAAAAAUUACAACAACAUACGCCAAUGAUAGUAGCGACGAUGCGCUAUCGUCGACUUCCUACUACCACACUCCAUCCACAGGAUCUAGAAGUCCUAAAGGAGUUUAUUCUAAUGACAAUUCAAUGGACUCUCCGUCAUGCAACUUGUACAACAACAGUCAAACUCCCAUAUCUCCGCGUCGAAGUCCACAUACACCAUGCAAAUUUGUCUUUGAAGCCAUUAGCCCUCUAAUGGAUUCUCCUAGCCGAAAAUUUGAAUACUACGAGCCAGUAUCUCCUGAUGUCGAUGAGGACGAAAUCAGCGAUAACCCUGUUCUUUCAGGAAGAUAUUUUGAGAACAAUCACUCCGCUGCACCCAUGUCACCAAACUUGCACGAGCCUCACAGACAAAAUUCAAAGAAGCUAUUACGCUCAACUCCAUUAGAAAAUCUUCCCCGAUUCAACACCAACAAGUCUCCGGUUCGAAGUGAUGAGUGGGAUAUGACAGUUUCAUCGAAUUUGGGAGGAUAUCAAGGACUGGGACCGAGUAAUUAUUAUCUUAAAAGAGAUUCCUGUGUAACAGACUGUACACAACUAUCCGUAGAAUCGGAAACUAGUACCGUAGCUACGACAACAACAUCUUUCAGUUAUUCGGACACUUCAACGCGACAAACUACAACGUCUGACCAGACUCAAGAUCUAAGUCCACUAGCGGAACAGAAAUCAAUGAUCCGCAAACGAAGACACGCAAUUAACAUAACAUCCAAUCCCGGAUACCAAGUACUUCACAGCUCACACUCAACGCUAGAUCGCACCUGCUCGGAUAGUGUGGUUUCUUUGCGGCAUAGAAAAUCGACUAGCGACUUAACUCAAGACACGGAAGGCGAAAGAGGCAAACAUAAAAUGGGAGGGGAAUCAGCUACCCCGACAGCUGGUAAUUAUAAACCACGCAGGCGCGGUAGUUCAAAGGGCGGCCUGGCAUAUUUGGCUAGUCGCCGAAGUUCUCGCGAGUCGAUGAAGAGUGCUUGUUCAAACGCUUCCUUGGUAUCCAACGACGAUAUAGGACCACUAGCUUUCCAGGCGUCAAAUAGAGGGCGCCAACGCCGAACAUCAAAUUUCCUGGAGCUUCCAGUUCCAGAUCACUUCCGCCCAAGGGUUUGCUCAUUACCGGACCGUCCAUACAAUCCAAGAGUUAGCGAUGAUCUUUACCGUUUACGACAUUUUUCCAUAAGUAAGGGCAACGUAGUUAAUUGCGGAGACUCUAUAAUAUCUCGGCGAUCCCGCAGUAACACAAGUGUUAAUUCUACAAAUAGCAGAGCUAGCGAACGAUCCCCAUUUGAUGGUUCAUGCUGUGGAGGUGGCUAUGCAAAUGUGGACUCUGUUCCAGGUUCUCCAGAUGAGGAUUCGGAAAACGUUGAGCCUCCGCCGCCACCCAGAUACCGUAUUGUAAUGUUGGGAGAUGCUGGCGUUGGAAAAACGGCCCUGGUCAAUCAGUUCAUGACUUCCGAGUACAUGCACACCUAUGAUGCAAGUCUAGUUUUAGAUGAUGAAUUCGGCGAGAAGACGGUUAGCGUUCUCUUGGAUGAUGAGGAGUCCGAAUUGGUGUUCAUUGAUCAUCCAAGUGUGGAAAUGAGUGUGGAAAAUUCCUUGUCAACUUACGAACCCCAUGGCUGUGUGGUGGUGUUCUCCAUUGUGGAAAAGUCGUCCUUUCGUGUUGCGGAAGAAAUCAUCAAUUACUUAUGGCAGGAGAACUAUACGAAGGAUAAAGCCGUUAUUCUUGUGGGCAAUAAGGCUGAUUUAGCAAGGUCACGGGUUAUAUCAUCCCAGGAUGGCAAAGCACUUGCCGCCUCUCGAGAUGCCAAAUUUAUUGAAACGUCCAGUGGUAUACAGCAUAAUGUAGAUGAACUACUAGUUGGUGUUUUGAAGCAGAUGCGUUUGAAAGAGUCCAGGGAGAAGAAAGCAAACUCAUCUAAAAUAAAAACCUCUAGGACCCAUAUAUCUCUACAAAUGGCAAAGGAGAUACUUCAUAAAAUUUGCCUUACUGACAUUUCGAAAUCAAAGAGCUGUGAGAACCUACACGUUUUGUAA